GAAUUCCGCAGUGCGCGCGCCUCAACAUCCGGGCAUCGCCUUCAUCAAGCCCUCUUGCUCCUCCGGGACAACAGGAAGCGGAAGUGAAAAAUAGGUGUCCCUGCAGCUUCUUAGCAACGCACGGUCAAGUGACACAAUCAGCUGACUCCGGUAGAGGAAGGGAGUGUGGCAGCCUGUAUUGAAGCUGUUGCAGCCACAAUUGCCUAGCCAGGGACCCGAGCCGAAAGGUCAUCGUCACAAUGUCGGGCAAAGACCGGAUUGAAAUCUUCCCCUCGCGAAUGGCACAGACUAUCAUGAAGGCUCGUUUAAAAGGAGCACAGACAGGCCGAAACCUCCUGAAGAAAAAAUCUGAUGCUUUAACUCUUCGAUUUCGACAGAUCCUAAAGAAGAUAAUAGAGACCAAGAUGCUGAUGGGCGAAGUGAUGAGGGAAGCUGCCUUCUCCCUCGCCGAGGCCAAGUUCACAGCGGGGGACUUCAGCACCACAGUUAUCCAAAAUGUAAAUAAAGCCCAAGUGAAGAUUCGUGCAAAGAAAGAUAAUGUAGCAGGUGUUACUUUGCCAGUGUUUGAACAUUACCAUGAAGGAACUGACAGUUAUGAGCUCACCGGUUUAGCCAGAGGUGGGGAACAGCUGGCCAAACUGAAGAGGAAUUAUGCCAAAGCAGUGGAGCUGCUGGUGGAACUGGCUUCGCUGCAGACUUCCUUUGUUACUCUGGAUGAAGCGAUUAAGAUAACCAACAGGCGUGUCAAUGCCAUCGAGCACGUUAUUAUACCUCGGAUUGAACGUACCCUUGCUUACAUCAUCACAGAGCUGGAUGAGAGAGAGCGAGAAGAAUUCUAUAGGUUAAAGAAAAUACAGGAGAAGAAAAAGAUUCUCAAGGAAAAAUCUGAGAAGGACUUGGAGCAGCGGAGAGUGGCUGGCGAGGUGAUGGAGCCUGCUAACCUUCUGGCUGAGGAGAAGGACGAAGAUCUUCUCUUUGAAUAGUCUUUUCUGUUCUGCUGCUUUCGGAAAGCCCCCAACAUGGUUCUAUUUAAAUUCAGUGUGUAGGUUUUGGUAUGUGCGCCUAUUUGUAUUUUGGCCUGAGAAUUUCACCAAUUGUAAAAUUUACCUGGAUGUCUAUUUAUGGGAUUACUUUUGCAGAAUCAUGAUUCAGCAACCAUUUAUCAUAGGUCAACGAGAUUUGCACAAGUUGCUCCUUGCUCACCGGCUUGAGUCGCUGGAGUGUCUGUGUCUGUGUCACACGUGGCCCAUUUACCAAGCAUUUUAAGAAAUAGCUUUAGGGAAUGUUCGCGGUCUCAGGCCAGCUGCUGUGAAGACCUGCGUUCCUACUUGCAAACCCUGGCACGCAUCUGAGGUGCCACAGCCACCUGUGGCACCACCUCUCAAGCUUUGUGAAAUCUGCACUUUUUCCCCUUGCAUGACAUCUGUCUUGUCUUGGGAGCAGUUUUGCCAAUUUAAACGUGACUAUGUUGUACACAGUAAAAUGGUUGAAAAAUAAUUUGUCCUUUUUAUUACUCAUUUACUAAGAGCAAUAGUCAUGUUUUACACUUAGAUCAGUGACCGUAUUGCCAUCCACAGAUUU